AUGUAUAUCCCUAAAUUGAUGCUAUUUAUUUUUAAUUCCAUGUUAUUGGUCAUAGGAUUGAUAGCACUUUCUCGGGGUUUAUCAGAUUACGUUCCAACGAAAUUGAAGGAACUGGAGAGCAGUCUGGAUAUCUCAUAUUUUCCCAAAGUUAUGCUAUUUGGCGGAUGCGGAGUGCUGUUGAUUGCAUUUCUCGGAUUUUGGGGCGCUGAAAUGGAAAACAGGACUGGUUUAAUUACGUAUAAAAUUUUAAUAUGUUUUGUAAUCGGCGUCGAAUUGAUAUUGAUAUUUUAUUUCUUCUUUAAUGAAGAGUCGAUUAACGACCAAAUAACAGCCAAGUUGAACUUAUGGUCGGAAGAGUUUGAAAAGAAUAAGGGUCAAACUCAAUUGCAGCAUGUGCAAAAUUACUUACAAUGCUGUAGCUUGAAACUUCCCGAAAAUAAUAAAUUUUGCGAAUAUACCGAACCGUGUGCGAAAGUAGCGUAUAAAUAUUUUUCCUCGAAAACCAAAACGCACGUAUGGUUUUUAGGAAAUACCGUAGGAUCAGAGAUAGCGUGUAUUGUUUUUGCAGAUAUGGUGGCGAAAAAAAUAUUGAUGCUGCAGAAUAUUAUGCUGGGAAAAUUGAGUACCACUUGA